CCGCUCCGGGGGCCGCGGUCGCUCGGCAGCUCGCGGGUCACAUGGCCUGCCCGAGCGAGGGGAGCCCCGCGCCGGAGCUGCGCGGCGGGAGGCGGUGAGGCUCCGGCGCGCGCCCGCACCGCGAGGUGCCAGCUCCUCCCCGGCCCCCGCGAUGGCGCCUCGGCCGGGAUCAGCCUGCCAGCCAGCCUGGGCGACACGAGAGGCGGCCCCCGGCGUGCGCCGGGGACAGAGCUGACCGCUCCCAUCCGCUUUUACUUCCGAUGAUUCUGCCCUGAGCUCCAGGAUGAUUUGUUCUUGGGACCAGACGUGACCAGAAGUUACCCUCAUGAGCCCUUCAACCUCUCCAGCUGCCAUGCUCCUCCGGAGGCUGAGACGACUCUCCUGGGGCAGCACUGCUGUCCAGCUAUUCAUCCUAACGGUGGUGACGUUCGGCCUGCUGGCACCCUUGGCCUGUCACCGGCUUCUGCACUCUUACUUCUAUCUGCGCCACUGGCAUCUGAACCAGAUGAGCCAAGAGUUCCUGCAGCAAAGCCUGAAGGAGGGCGAGGCUGCUCUCCACUACUUCGAGGAGCUGCCUUCUGCCAACGGCUCAGUGCCCAUCGUCUGGCAGGCCACCCCCCGGCCCUGGCUGGUGAUCACCAUCAUCACUGUGGACAGGCAGCCCGGCUUCCACUAUGUCUUACAGGUGGUGUCUCAGUUCCACCGGCUUCUUCAGCAGUGCGGCCCCCAGUGUGAGGGCCACCAGCUCUUCCUGUGCAACGUGGAGCGGAGUGUGAGCCAUUUGGAUGCCAAGCUGCUCUCCAAGUAUGUCCCCGUGGCCAACCGCUACGAGGGCACUGAGGAUGAUUAUGGCGAUGACCCCUCAACCAACUCUUUUGAGAAAGAGAAGCAGGACUAUGUCUACUGCCUGGAGUCAUCCCUGCAGACCUACAACCCGGACUAUGUUCUGAUGGUGGAAGAUGACGCUGUUCCAGAAGAGCAGAUCUUCCCGGUCUUGGAGCACCUCCUGCGGGCUCGCUUCUCUGAGCCCCACCUCAGAGAUGCCCUUUAUCUAAAGCUCUAUCACCCUGAGAGGCUCCAGCACUACAUCAACCCAGAGCCCAUGCGGAUCCUGGAGUGGGUCGGUGUGGGCAUGCUGCUGGGGCCCUUGCUCACCUGGAUCUAUAUGAGGUUUGCAAGCCGCCCGGGGUUUAGCUGGUCCGUCAUGCUCUUCUUCUCUCUGUACAGCAUGGGCCUGGUGGAGCUGGUGGGUCGGCACUAUUUUCUAGAACUGCGGCGGCUGAGUCCUUCUCUGUACAGUGUGGUCCCGGCCUCUGAGUGUUGCACGCCAGCCAUGCUCUUCCCUGCCCCUGCGGCCCGCCGAACUCUCACUUACCUGUCCCAGGUGUACUGCCACAAAGGCUUUGGCAAGGACAUGGCGCUGUACUCGCUGCUGAGGGCCAAGGGAGAGCGAGCCUACGUGGUGGAGCCCAACCUCGUGAAACACAUCGGGCUCUUCUCCAGCCUCCGGUACAACUUUCAUCCCAGUCUACUGUAGGGUGCCAAGAAAAGCCUUUCGGAAGUUGGCCACUUCUUGGAGAUUCAAAUAUCGAGCUCUUUACUGAGACAUGGUUGCUUGCAGAUAUUUUGUUGUUUACUGUUGCUAGGGAUAGAGGCACCGGGACAGCUGAGGAAUAUCUGUGAAUCAAGAGCCUUGGCUUUGAUAACUGGCAGGAGCGGUGGUUCACCACAGAUCCGGACCUCUCUCCCUCCACACAGCCACACUGCCUCAUGCAGUCCGACCCGCUCAUCAAGGGUGCACUUAAAUACCAGUUGUUUUUGAGCUCUGCUUUGUGAUAGAGCUUGUGACUGCCAAAAAUCUUGUGUAUACUGAUAAUGAUUGUUUUAGGAUUUUAAGGGUAGGAUUUGGUGAAAGAUGAAGUCCCUUGACUUGAUUUCUCAUUGGGUAUGAGAAUGGAUGUGUGUUUAGAAUAUAUGCCAAAUAAGGCAGUAUCACAUGGGUAGGUUCCAUUUGUUUCUUUUACAUGGUAUAAUAAUAAUAAAAAAAAAAUGAUAAAAGCCAUGCCCUUCCCUGCAUCUUAGAGGCAGGUGAUCUGGCUUUUUUGUGACCUGGCAUCUUUUCCCUGUAUAUCUGUAGUGCACUGAUUACGGACAUUGUUAGAACUAUAGGACACAGCAUGAUCUGGAAGGGCCUUCUGGAUCAUCAAAGUUAGAUUGCUUAUGUUCAGUCGUGAUUCAAUAGUGAAUAUUUCUAUCAUAUUAUGAUUCUUUGAAAACUGGACAUUUCAGAAUGGUAUAGAAUGGGUGAGCUCUUUGCCUGUAUCAUAUCCUUUUCCUUAACCCUGCUGGUUGACCAUUCACCCUCAUUUCUUUUUCUUCUUGGAAGCAUGAUGUUAUAAAAGAAAAAGUAUGGACUGGAGUCAGAAGACCUGGAGUUUUCUUUCAGAUCUCUGCCAUAUCCUAAUGAUGUGACCUUGAGCAAGUCACAUAACCAUCCUGGGUCUCAGUAAAGCGAGACCAGUAAUACCUACCUGUUCAGUUGCCUUCAGGACUAAGUGGCAGUCUGUAUGUACAACACCUAGCAAGUGCCUCAUUGAUAGAGGACACUGGCAAAUGUUUAUUUCUCUCACUGGAUAAGUAUAUAUAAUGCCAGUAUAUUUUGGAUAAGGAGAACAGUGAUGUUUAAAGUAUGAAAUAGGGCAUAGGACUGCCACCUAUGUAACCAAACACUACUGGCACAAAGGCUGACUUUUCAUUGUGACUUUUGAAGGAUGUGUGGUUCAGCUUUCGUCCAGCCCCACCUCCAAGAAAGCCAACAAAAGAAUUAUUUAUUCAAACUGGAAAUGACCUGAGACUUCUCCUGAGCUUAUUCUGAGACUGGCAUCUGAAAUUAUUUUUCCCCAAACUUAUAAAUAUCUCAUCAAACAACUAGCCAGCAAGUCCCUGUAUGAGAAUGAUGAUUAGAACAGAGGGUUCAAGCAGUUGUCAGGUUUGUUUCCGUGCCCCAGUUGGCUUUUAAAUUCCUGCAGUGAGCUCCCAUUUUGAGGUGGGUUUAAGAACCCUGAGGGAGUAGGUGGGGCUUGAUCACCACCCUCUACGAUGAGCCCAUUGAGACCCAGAGAUGGCAAACAGCUUCUCCAGGUUCACACAGCUGAGCAGCAGCAGAGCCAAGACGGGAGCGUAGCUCUUCUGACUUCCAGCCCCCGGACUUUUUUUCUUAACUGCAUUCGUUUUAUAAAUAUCUAUGUGGUCAGAGUCUCUUUUGUAAAACCUGAUUGUAACCUGGACUAAAUAAUGUCUCUGUAAGUUAAGAUGGCAGAAACCCAUUGUCAUGUUAGUGUUGGGGAACAAACAGAUAUAAAUAUGUGUUGCUGUUGCGUGACCCCCGGCAGUUAUGUGCAAAGUGAUCAGAGCUGCUAGAUGACUGAUUAUGAUGUGCAGAUUCUCCUCUGUCCGUCCUCUUCUCCAGUAACCUGUUCUAAGUCGAACCACACCCAGCUGGGAACUCAUCAGAGUUUGUCGCGUUAAUGAUCUCCUUAUGAAAGUGUUUUGCCCGGUGACAGGAGAGCCACUCUAAUCUAACCAGGCCCAAGAUAGGGAAUCACUGCUGAUGUACAUUUCUGCUGUUUGUAAUUCAGCUGUCGGCUGCAUGCAGAUGUCCCCUCCCCUGCCGAGGCCAUCCCUCCAUGUCCAGUUUCUACACACCGAGACGAGAUGUCUCCCCUGGUGAUCUUCACUAGGGCUGCCAGUCUGGGAUGUUUUCGGCAGACCAGGCUCCCUGCUGCCCUUUUCUCCCCCACCAACUUCUGGAUCCUCCUCCAUGUUGUCCCUUAUUAGUCUCAUUUUUGUGUAUUGUCCUUCCCUGGGGCAGCUGACAGCUUUAUCCCCAGAGCUGAAGUCUCUCAUUGAGUCCUGAGCAAGGAGUUAGAGGAGAACUAAGAUACCCUUCCCUCACCACAGGACACAGGUUACCAGGAGAGUGAGGUCUCUAACAGUCUCGGUCACCUUUCAGAGUUUAAAUUAUAAUCAGGCCUAAGAUGCUCCCUCUUGUGACUGAGUGUAUUUUCAUAUAGACAUGUCAGUAAAAAUAAAAGUACCCACUUCGUUGA